CAGAAAAAGCUGAUGCGGUGUUGUAAGAGAGAGUUGUACAGAUUCUAUUUUCAUAUUGAUAGCAGCUUACCAAAGUAUUUUGGGAAAUUUGUAGGGGAAGUUUAAAGAUUGAAAAAUGAAUGAUACGAAUUGGACAGGUGUGCAAGAAAAUACUUUUGAUGAAUUCAACACUGACAAAAUAAUUUUAUUAUGUAUAUAUAUUCCGGUAUUCUUUGUUGCCUUAGUUGGAAAUAUUCUUGUGCUUGUAAUGGUGUGUAUGAACAAAAGCGUUCGGAGAAAUGUCGCUAAUUAUUUCCUGGUAAAUUUAGCCAUAGCAGAUCUUUUAGUGACCAUAGUUUGUAUACCAAUGACAGUGACAGUGAUGAUCUACCCGGUGUGGAUAUACGGAGAUUUCAUGUGCCGUACUUUAGACUUUAUGCAAGGGGUAUCGGUAGAAGGAAGUGUUUUAACCAUUGUUUGUAUGGGUACAGAACGAUAUUUUGCAAUUCGACACCCCAUGAAAGUACGCAGAAUAUGUAAUGAAUUCAACGUUAAAGUUGCUAUAGCAGUAACAUGGAUAUUAGCAAUAAUCACAAUGUGUCCUUUGGUCAUUUAUAAGCGAUUAGUCGUAGAUCAACACGUAUUUGUUUUUAAUAAUACAGAUUAUUUGUUCAAUGGAACUCAGGAAAUGACAUCAUUUCAUAGUGAAACCUGCCAGGAAACAUGGCCAUCUCAUUCGGAUAAAACUGCUUAUGAUGUAUUUUUGUUGUUUAUAGUUUAUAUAAUUCCUGGAUUUAUUGUUGUUGCUCUAUAUUCUUUGAUUGGCUGCAGCCUUUGCAGACAAAAUCACGCACUGAAUCGUGCUAAUUCUGUUAUAAGUAACGAUGUUAAAGUAAUGGCAAGUAGAAGAAAACUUGCCAGAAUGAUGAUAAUAAUUUCUAUACUGUUUGCAUUGUGUUGGCUACCAUAUUUUAUUAUCAUUAUAGGGACUGAUUUCUAUGAGGAGUUUCGACAUACUCUUGCCAAGUUAUACCCAUUUGCCUUGCUAUUAGCACAUUCUCAUAGUGCACAAAAUCCUAUAUUAUACUGUUUUAUGCACAGAGGAUUUUUAGAGUUUCUGACAAAGCUAGCCCGAUGUCAAUUUUCGAGUAUAACUAAUAGGCGACAGAUGAAAAAUUCAUUCAAUUCUUCUGACAGAACACAAUCACUUAGAAUUUCAAAAAUGAAUGAUGGCACGAAUGAUGAAAGGAAGAGAUUAGUCGUAACAUUGUCGGAUCCUGGAAAAGCUGUUUAAGCCACGAUUAUUAAACAGCGUUGAAGCAGUGGUCAUACAUGUAUAUUACAUGAAAAAAGCAUUAAUAAAUAAAACAUACUUCACUUAACUAUGCCAAUUGUACAACUAGUUUACUUGUGUCCAUUUCCUGAAAUAAAUUAUUAUGUAAAUAAUCUAUCUUUGCAGAGAACCCAAAUGAGGUGCAUUAUGCUUUAAAAAAACGAUUGAGUUUCAGCAUAAAGAUGUUCAGACAAGUUUUAAUGUCUAAUGAUCUAACAUGUGGCAUAAGUAAAGCCAUAACA